AUGGGAAAAGUUGGUGAUUGGGUUGACUCGUUCAACCGCAAGGUUGCCACCAGCAAGGUUGGAUGGUGGUUCAAGCUGGAUGGCUCUGGACAUCCCAGAGAAAGGAAGGGGUCCUACUUCUUCACCGAGAUGCGUGCUGGUCUUGCGACCUUCUUCGCCAUGUCGUACAUUAUUGCCGUCAACGGAAGCAUCGUCUCCGACACUGGAGGAACUUGCGUCUGCACGGCAGAUCCCAAGGUUGAUAGGUGGUGUAUCAAUGACCCGACCUAUGCUAUCUGCAAGGCUGAGGUCAAGAGAGAUCUCAUCACCGCCACCGCUGCCAUUGCUGCUUUCGCUACUUUCUUCAUGGGUCUCCUCGCCAACCUGCCUAUUGGACUUGCGCCAGGCAUGGGUUUGAACGCUUACUUCGCCUACACCGUCGUCGGAUUCAACGGACAGGGUCUUGUUCCCUACCAGGUUGCCGUUACUGCCAUCUUCGUCGAAGGCUGGGUGUUCUUCGGUCUUGCACUCCUUGGUAUGCGUCAGUGGUUGGCUCGGGCUAUCCCCCGGUCCAUCAAGCUGGCCACCAGUGUCGGUAUUGGCUUCUUCCUGACCCUCAUCGGCAUGACCUAUUCCGAGGGUAUCGGUCUCGUGGUCGGCGGUACCGACACGCCCCUCGACCUUGCUGGUUGCCACCCCUCCUCUCGCGACAGCGUCACAGGUGAAUGCCCGUCCAGUGACAAGAUGCGCAACCCUACCAUGUGGAUCGGCAUCUUCUGCGGCGGUGUUCUCACGACCAUGCUCCUGAUGUAUCGCGUCAAGGGUGCCAUCAUCGCCGGUAUCAUUCUCGUUUCUGUUAUCUCGUGGCCCCGCACCACCGCGGUUACCUACUUUCCCUACACCGAUGUCGGCAACGAUGCUUUCGACUUCUUCAAGAAGGUUGUCGGCUUCCACCGGAUCAAGCACGUCCUCAACGUCCAGCAGUGGGAUAUUUCGGGCCACGGCGGACAGUUCGGCUUGGCGCUCAUCACCUUCCUCUACGUCGACAUUCUCGAUACCACCGGUACUAUGUAUGCUAUGGCUCGCUAUGCCAGCCUUGUCGAUGUGGAGACUGGUGACUUUGAGGGUUCCACCAUUGCGUACGUACUCACUGCCUUCUGGAUUGUACCUUGGUCGUUGAUUGUUAACAUUUGUAUGUACAGUUACAUGGUUGACUCCGUCAGUAUCGCCAUUGGUGCUAUUUUCGGUACUCCCCCCGUCACUGCCUUCGUCGAGUCCGGUGCCGGUAUUGGUGAGGGCGGCAAGACAGGUCUUACAGCCAUGUCGACUGGCUUCUGCUUCUUCAUCGCCAUCUUCUUUGCCCCCAUCUUCGCUUCGAUUCCACCGUGGGCCACCGGCUGCGUCCUUAUCUUGGUCGGCUCUAUGAUGGUCCGCGCUGUGACGGAUAUCAACUGGAAGUAUAUGGGCGAUGCCAUUCCCGCCUUUGUGUGCAUUGCCCUGAUGGCCUUCACCUACUCCAUCGCCAACGGUCUUAUUGGCGGUAUCCUCAUGUACGGGCUCAUGAACACCCUCGUCUGGAUCAUCGAGAAGGCUUCUGGCGGUCGCAUUGUUCCCCAGAACAAGGAGUUCAAGGACCCAUGGGCCCCCAACUUUGGCAGCAUCAUCCCCACCUGGAUGGUCAACGUUGCUAAGGGCAAGGCUCCCUGGCAUAGGGAUGAGCCUGUCAGGUCGAUCGAAGGAACCACUGAGCCGGGGCCGGUGCUGGUUGGAGAGAAGGGUGACAGCUCAUCUGGAUCGAGGCCAGGCUCCGCGACUGAGUUCCCAGCUGAGGCCGUCAACGAAAAGGGCGCCCAUCAUUGA